AUGGAUGGUGAUGGGGAUUGUACCGAUGAACAAAGUGUUGUUAAUGUGGUUCAAGGUGCUGCACUAUCCGUUCUUGAUUGCAUUGGUAUGAUAGAUGAGACUCAUGUUGAUGCAAUGCUUCCUAUUAAUCUUGUUGCACGAUUUCGAGGCCGCAAAGGUGUUACACAGAACGUGCUUGCAGCUUGCACCCCAGAUAAAUUAUUCACAUAUGUCUUAGCAGGUUGGGAGGGGUCUGCAAAUGAUUUUAGGAUUCUCCAGGAUGCAUUAUCUAGACCACAACCACAUGGAUUGAAAGUCUAUGAUGGUUUCAUAUCUCUAUACCGUGGUGUUCGAUAUCAUUUGAAAGAACAUUCGGGUAAAACACCUAAGAAUAGAAUGGAAUUAUUCAAUUUAAGACAUUCUUCUUUGAGGUCUAAGAUUGAAUCUGCAUUUGGCACAUUGAAGAAUCGUUUUAAGAUUUUGUGUGCUAAGCCGCAUUAUCCAUUUCCUACACAAGUAGAUAUCGUAUUGGCAUGCACGAUACUUCAUAAUUUCAUCGCAACUGUUGACCCAAGCGAUGAACUACUCAGCGAGUCCGAAAUUGAUGAAGAUAUUAAUGGUGAGGUGACAAAUGAGAAUGAUAAUAAUUUAGUUAAUUUUACUCAGACUCAAACCCAAAGAGAAAAAACUGAAUCAAGAAAUGAGUGGAAGACUCUUAGAGAUAACAUCGCUUGGGCGAUGUGGGUGGACUAUUGUGAUAAGUAUAAUCAUAGUGUAACUACUGAGACUUAA